AAUCAGCCUCAGUGCCUACCUUCACACAUACGCGGCGGGGCACUCAGGUCUGUCAGGGAGCACAGACCUACACAUACACACACCUAGACACUUGUCGCAUUCACAUACAAACACGCACCUUUUCACACAUUUCACACCCUCCCAUUUUAAGGCACCCUGUGCGACCUCUCACCAUUGGCCAAGACCCGGAGCCCUCAGCAUCUCCAUCACGGCUGAAGGGACCAUUCGGGAAAGCAGGAGUCUGGGGUGGACUAUGAGGAUGUUUGUGAGGCUCGUACUUGGACUCUUCGUCCUCAAAGCAGCAGUGGCCAGCCCCAGAUUUUCCCGACAAGCAAACCUGGACAUUUAUGACGAUGCCAACUAUGAUGAGGAACUAAACAAUGUUGAAAGUGAGGAUACCUAUGACUACGAAGAUGGACUGACGAUUGAUGAACCUGAGAUAGAGAUUGAAACAAUGGCUCUACCUGACUACACAUUCCCUGAAGAGGAGAAGCCUGAGGAAGGAGAGGAGGAGGAGCUGACCCUAAGGCCCCAACCCAUCCCUCAGGGUUCUGGGGGGUCUGGUGUUCUGAUGGGUCCAGAAACACAGAAAGAGGUGGAGCUGCGUCAGGAGCCUGUUGAUAUUCUUCAUGCUUCCGGGGAUUUGGGGGGCUCUGGGUCUGGGUCCGGAACCUCAGGAGCUUCUGGAGCCUCUGGGUCAGGAGAAUCAGGAGAUUUGCUGAUCUCUGGAGAUAUUAUUCUGAUUUCUGGAGCCUCAGAGACGUUAAUCAGCUCUGAGGGAUCUGGAGAGUUCCUGAUUUCAGAAAAAACAGACUUUACAAUACCUUGGCACACCUCAGGAUCUGGAUUUGAAUCUUCUCCCUCUGGAGCUUCUGGAGACUUGACCUCUGGACACUCUGGAAUUUCCAUUGAAAUCCCCUUUGGUUCUGGGGAAUCUGGGGAAUCUGGGGAAUCAGGGGACCUGUCUGGGAUCUCCCCAGACCCGUCAAUCUCAGGGGCCUCUGGAAGCUCUGGGGUUUCUGGAGACCCUGCUGAGUCCGGGGACCUUGGGAUAACUUUAAUAUCUGGAGACGAGAAGCCGUUUGUCAUUUCCAAGCAUGAGCCUCAGGAAGCAUCAGUUGCUUCUGGGGAGAUCUCUGGAGUUUCAUCUGCAGACACAGAGAUCUCCGGGACCUCCGGGGUUUCUGGUGUCUCUACUUCUGGAGACGAUGAGGAACCAGUAACUGUAAUCAUUGAAACCAAGGAAGAGGAGAGGGUGCUUUCAACCACACCAGAGACCCCACAGGAGGGGGCUACUAGUAUAGAGGAAACAGACAGUUCAGGGUUGCCAGAGCCCUUUGAGCCAAAGGAGCCUGAUGAGCCUAAGAUUGACAUAUCAGGUAUGCCCACUUGCCUGCUGUGCACAUGCCUUGGCACCUCAGUCUACUGUGAUGAUUUGAAGCUGGACAGUGUACCACCUCUGCCCAAGGAGACUACGCACUUCUAUGCCCGCUACAACAAAAUCACCAAGAUCAACAAGUCUGACUUUGCCUUUAUGAACAAGCUGAAAAGGGUUGACCUGACUGCCAAUGAGAUUACUGCCAUCGAUGGCACAGCUUUCAUAGGCCUUCCUGAACUCGAGGAGCUGGUUGUCCGACAGAACCACCUCACACAGCUGCCGGCGCUCCCAGAGACCAUGACUCUGAUUGAUGCCAGCCACAACAGCAUCGGCUCGAAGGGAAUCCAUAAAGAGGCCUUUAAAGAUAUGACGGGCUUGCUGUUCCUCUACCUAACAGACAACAACAUUGAUUACAUCCCAGUGCCUCUACCAGAGAGCCUGCGAUCUCUACACCUACAGCGUAACAACAUUCAAAUGAUGCACGAGGACACAUUCUGCAACCUGAACGACUUUAACUACAUCCGAAAUGCGCUGGAGGACAUUCGCCUGGACGGCAACCCCAUCAACCUUAGCAAGACCCCACAGGCAUACGUCUGUCUGCCCCGUAUACCCAUCGGGAACCUCAUUUAACCACACGCGUACCUGCACACAACCAUAUGGACACGAGUUUGUACAUACGACCACACAGACUACAGUGAUCUCACCUCUCAUAUAAGCCAUGUGUUGCAAUAGAUUUUUUUUUUUUUUACCUGUACUGUCAAACAUGCUGCUUAUACGUGGUACAAAUGUAUUUAAAAAGGUUUCUCAUCAUCACUUAAGUGAUUUCACUUUUUACUUUACAUCUUCCUGUCCUUUUGUUUUGGGUAAACGAAAAAAAAAAACACAAAUAUUCUCAAGACUCAAAUGUUCAGCAACUUGACUAAAUUCAGUUUAGUAAAUAUGCUCAAAAGCAAAGUUUUAUGUUCUGUCCUUCCAAACCAAACAUUGUUUAAAUAAGUUUUGUAAAAAUCAAAAAGUUAUAUGAAGAAUAUUGACUAACACUUCUUUGUGAUCUAUAAGUUUUAUUGAAGCUGGAUCUUAAUGACAAAAAAAAUUGAGUAUAUUACGCAAUAAAAAAAAUGCAUUUAAACA